GUCCAGUGCUGCAUGUAGGGCAGUACUCCACUCUCUCCCUGCCCUUACGCCAAGUGUUUCGCAAUAGGUAAAAUGCAAUUUGAUAACGAGUUCAGCCUGCUGCUGGAGCUCCGCAGUUCUCAGCCUGAAGACCGCAGCCUCUUUACAUUCCUCUGCCCAGACGGUCACAUCAUCCUUCAGAUCCGCACCAGUGCCCACUCUUUCACCUUUAUCAGCACACAGCAGCGCCAUUAUGAGUUUCCUGUAGCCGUGUUGUCUGAUGGGAAUUGGCAUCGAGUGGCAGUGAGUGUGUCGACAGGCCGGGUUGCGCUGUAUGUGGACUGCACCAUGGUGGAAAGUGUAGACUGGGCCUACAAGGAGGGUCUGGAAAUCACCACUGAUGGGCUCAUCAUGCUGGGAGGAAUCAUCGAGGGCUUUGAAAUACCAUUUGAGGGCGACCUGAAACAGGUGAUGUUCAUCAUGGGAGAGCCAGAUGCAGCCCGAGAUCAGUGCGAAGCGUAUUUACCUCAAUGCGAUGGAGCUGCUCAGAAUCCCCAACACUUCCUACAACCUCAAAUUCCAGAUGAGCUUUUGCUGUCCUCGAACGACUUAGAGGAUUUACUGGAGAGUUCUGAUGCGAGGGAUAUGGAUAUGAUCCGCAAAGCAAUGAGUGGUGUAAGAAGACGUGGCCUCACCCGUGGAGAUGGUACGCUUCCUACCGGCAUGGAGCGACCUGUCUCCAUAAGCCGCGGGGAUGUCUUUGAGGUGGAUGAGUACACUGACCUGAUUGAUCCCAACACCCCAUCUAAAAAUGGUGGUUUACCCCACAAGAACCACCCACCACAUAGUAAAGGCAGCAAGGGGGCCAAACCAGACUCUACCUCUAAACUUGUAGAUGAGAAUAUCACCACUGAGAAAAGCAGUCCUGACAAAGGGUUUAAUAAAAAGCCUGUGGAUAACAACAUUAUCGAUUUGGAUGAUUCCAUUUUGAAAAAAAACCCUGAGGACCCUGACUCAACGUGCUGAGGG